AUGGCGGAACUUGGGAAAACGGUGCUGGAUAAAGGGUGGCUGGCGGCAAGGUCAACGGAGGUGGAACUUACCGGAGUUCAGCUCACCACCACCGACCCUCCUUCCGGUCCGAUUAACCCUUGGAUGGAAGCUGUCAUUCCCGGAACUGUUCUGGCGACCCUGGUAAAGAAUAAACGUGUACCUGACCCCUUUUAUGGACUUGAAAAUGAGGCUAUCAUUGACAUUGCUGACUCUGGGAGAGCACAUUACACCUUUUGGUUUUUCACCACAUUUGAGUGUAAUCUGUCAAACAAUCAACACAUUGAUCUCAACUUUCGAGGCGUCAACUAUUCUGCUGAAGUGUAUUUGAACGGACACAAGGAGAUCCUUCCUAAGGGGAUGUUUCGAAGACAUUCAAUUGAUGUUACCAAUGUUCUCCAUCCUGAUGGUCCUAAUUAUCUUGCUGUUCUGGUCCAUCCUCCUGAUCAUCCUGGGAGUAUUCCUCCAGAAGGGGGUCAAGGUGGUGAUCAUGAGAUCGGGAAAGAUGUUGCUACACAGUAUGUUGAGGGUUGGGACUGGAUGGCUCCAAUCAGGGACCGAAACACUGGCAUUUGGGAUGAGGUAUCCUUUUCUGUGACUGGGCCAGUGAAAAUUGUGGAUCCCCACUUGGUUUCAUCAUUUUUCGAUAAUUACAAGAGGGUCUACCUGCAUUGUACAACUGAGUUGGUAAACAAAAGUGCUUCGGUUGCAGAAUGUACUUUAAAUAUCCAAGUGGCAACUGAACUUGAGGGUAACAUAUGCUCAGUUGAACAACUUCAAACGCAACAUCUAUUUGUACCCGCUGGCGCACAUGUUCACUAUACUUUUCCCGAGCUGUUCUUCUACAAGCCUCAGUUGUGGUGGCCAAAUGGUAUGGGAAAGCAGUCUUUGUACAAUGUUGAUAUAACAAUUGAUGUGAAAGGUUUUGGAGAGUCUGAUCUGUGGAGCCACCAUUUUGGCUUUCGCAAAAUUGAGAAUUACAUUGACAAUGCCACUGGUGGAAGGUUGUUUAAGGUGAAUGGUGAGCCCAUUUUUAUCCGUGGGGGUAAUUGGAUUUUGUCGGACGGACUACUUAGGCUCUCGGAGAAACGUUAUAUGACAGACAUCAAGUUUCAUGCUGAUAUGAAUUUUAACAUGAUCCGCUGUUGGGGUGGAGGACUAGCUGAGAGGCCAGAAUUUUAUCGCUACUGUGAUAUAUAUGGCAUCCUGGUUUGGCAAGAAUUCUGGAUAACUGGAGAUGUUGAUGGGCGAGGUGUUCCGGUGUCAAACCCAGAUGGUCCCCUGGACCAUGAUCUUUUCUUGCUUUGUGCUAAGGACACCAUCAAGCUUCUGAGAAAUCAUCCUAGUCUUGCUUUGUGGGUUGGGGGCAACGAACAAGUUCCGCCAGCUGAUAUUAACAUGACUCUAGAAAACUAUCUCAAACUCCAUCCCUAUUUUGAGGACCAAAUUGGACAUGGCAUUUCAAGCAAGGAAAGUUUGCCAUUGUUGAAGGACCCAAGUCAAUAUCUUGAUGGUACACGUGUUUAUAUUCGAGGAUCUUUGUGGGAUGGAUUCGCGAAGGGAAAUGGAGAUUUCUCUGAUGGUCCUUAUGAAAUUCAGAAUCCUGAGGAUUUUUUCAAGGAUGAUUUUUACCAGUAUGGUUUUAAUCCUGAGGUUGGUUCGGUGGGGAUGCCCGUGGCAGCUACAAUUAGGGCAACAAUGCCACCAGAGGGGUGGGAGAUUCCUUUGUUCCUGAAGUUGCCCAGUGGUUAUGUACAGGAAGUUGCAAAUCCAAUAUGGGAGUACCAUAAAUACAUUCCAUAUUCAAAACCGGAAAAGAAGGUGCAAGAUCAAAUUUUACUUUAUGGGAAACCGAAGGAUCUCGAUGAUUUUUGUUUGAAGGCACAACUAGUCAACUAUAUCCAGUAUAGAGCUCUCCUAGAAGGCUGGACCUCACGCAUGUGGAGCAAAUACACAGGUGUCUUGAUUUGGAAAAAUCAAAAUCCCUGGACUGGUCUUCGAGGUCAGUUCUAUGAUCACCUCCAUGACCAAACAGCGGGAUUCUAUGGCUGUCGAAGUGCUGCUGAACCUAUCCAUGUUCAGCUUAAUCUGGCAACAUAUUACAUCGAGGUGGUGAACACUACUUCAAAGGAAAUACCUAAUGUGGCUAUACAAGCUUCUGUAUGGGAUCUCGAUGGUACAUGCCCCUACUACAAAGCAUCUGAAAAGUUCACUAUGCCAUCUAAAAAAACAGUACCGAUCUUUGAGAUGAACUAUCCAAAGUCUGAAAAUCCUAAGCCGGUUUACUUCCUUCUUCUGAAACUAGCAUCAGAUGAUGGUAUUUUAUCCCGGAACUUUUAUUGGUUGCAUCUUCCUGGUACUGAUUACAAGCUAUUGGAACCGUACCGGAAGAAGGCAGUUCCCCUUAAGAUAACUUCCCAAGCUUUAAUAAGGGGAUCAACGUAUGAAUUGCAGAUACAUGUGGAGAAUACAUCAAAGAAGCCUGACUCGAGAACACUCCUUUCCACUGACAUGAUCUUCGAAAAUAAUGCUAAUGCUUUGGAAUGUUUUGAAGCAUUGCCAUCUGAAUCAGUACCUGUUGCGACGGACAGAAAACAGCUAAGUCUCAUCCAGAAGAUCCGUAGAAGUUUUUCGAAUGAGCCUAGCAAUGGUUUCAAGGUAGCUGAAAUCAGCGGAAAUGAUGUUGGAGUUGCUUUCUUUCUUCAUUUCUCAGUUCAUGCUUCAAAGGAGAACCAGAAAGAUGGGGAAGACACCCGCAUUCUUCCUGUUCAUUACUCGGACAAUUAUUUUUCAUUAGUUCCUGGUGAAGUAAUGCCCAUCAACAUUUCCUUCGAAGUGCCUUCUGGCAUCAAGCCCCGUGUUAUGCUUCAUGGCUGGAACUACACUGAAGGGCAUACAGUUCUUUGA